AUGUCUUUUGAGAAAAAUUUUGCAUCAUCUUCAAGAAGUUUUGUCGAUUUGAGUACUAUGAUCUGCAUUCGGACAGAAUCAGAUUCGGAUGUCGCAUCAGAUACAGUAAAAGAUCUUCGAUCAUUGACGGGGGUUCGAACUGCAUAUAAAGUUAUGGCUGUUUCUCCGAAUGCAAAACAUUUAAUAUUCAAAAAAGGCAAUAGGUCACUACAUCUCUAUAACACCGAGGAUAUCACACAAUGUAUGGACUUUCAGAUAAAUGGCAUUGAAUCACCUCAUGAAAAUGAUACGAUGAUAGAUAUUGCUUUUUUGAAUGAUAAUGAUGUUAUAAUUCUGCUAGAAAACGCUGAAAAUAUGUUAUUUGUAACAAAGGCUACUUUAUAUUUUCAAUGUCGUCUUUUAUAUAUUUCUCAUCCAAUUCGAUCAACUCAAAUAUGCCGCAGACGGCAUUAUGAUACAUCAAUAAUCUAUGAUGAAAAUGGUCCCGUUUUGAUUUCAUAUCCUCUUUCGUAUCAUGAAAAAAAUCACGCAGUGGUUCCAAAGAUCGAACUUCUUCAUUUAGCUGAGUACUGUUCCCGAAAGGCUAUGUCAAUAUUGACAAUUAGACCUGAUAUUAAAGACAAGAAAGCACUAUUUUGUGAUCCAUUCAUUUAUCGAAAUCGCCUUUAUUUAUUUAAUCGCUUCGAAAGCAGUAUUCUCUGUAUAGCGAUUUCUGGUAUUGCUAAAGGAGAGAUUCGACUACUGAAUACUUAUCCAGAUCCGCAUUGCCAUCGACCGAAUAACAAAUUUGCGAAUAAAUGUUUGAUAAUUCUUACUGAUUCAAUACUUAUUUAUUUUCAUCAACGACUUGAUCGGCCUCACGAAGAACCACAGCUGUGGCGAUUGCAACUUGGAUCAAUGAGCUGGAGGCGAUUGCACUUAUCUUUAAGCCACCAUGUUCCAGUGGGGCAAGUCUCUUUUCGACGGGCUUCUAAUGCACCGAUAAUAUAUGUGCAUGGUGAAUGUGGCCGCAAUUCAUGCCAAGAGAAAGCUCAUUUAUUUGAAAUGAGCCUUCAGCAGGAAUGUUUAAUGGUAUUUAUUCCUAUUUUUAAUAGCUAG